GCAGUUUUGGAGAGAGGUCUGAGUGGGGAAUCCCCAUCAGAAGGAGGCUGGAGCCCUGGGAAUGAAGAGCCCUGUGAGUAGAGGCCUUUUGGUCAAGGUACAGAGUGUAGGGUCACUUCCUGUGUUAGAUCCAUGGUGAUGCAGAGUUCUAGGACAAGGAGGCUGAGUUGGGGUGGGGGGGGGGUGAGGUACACAAAAGGUGUUCUGUGUGACCAUGAAUGAACAUGUUGAUUGUGGCACUUAAUGGAUCUGAAAUAUCUGUACCUUAGCUUUAUAUUGGUGGUUCGUCUUUGGGGGAGAACAGAAUAGUCCUAUGUGAAAGCAGAAUAAAAUAUAUUACAUUUACUGUAUUUUCCAAUCCAUAACUGACAAAAAGGGGUUUUCAGGAAUGUAGGAAAGUUCAGUAUUAGCAACGAGUGAAUUGAUUCUAAAUCUUUUUUUUUUCAAGUUGUGUUUGGCUUUUAUUCUCGCCAUUUUUUUUUCCUUACGGCUAGAAUGAUCAGAUAGUUACCUUUAAAACCUAGGUAAAUUUGAUUAUUCUCUGUUUUUGUGGUUGGCUUUUGACUACGAACUCAUAGAAUGUUUUUAAAGUAAAAGCAUGCUAUAUAACUAAAUAUAACUAAUAGAUUUUAAUGUUUACAGGUUGAGGAUUGAUUAUAACACCAUUGUUUAAUUUUUUUUAAUGUGUGCCUUACUAUCCAUCUGGGACACAGUGGGAAAACGAAUCAUUUCUCACCAUUUAGAAGUUAACAUCUACUGUGGAAUACAGAGAAGCAAGCCAUGGAGACCAAAGGUUACCACAAUCUCACUGAAGGUCCCGAUAUGGAGAGACGGUGGGGUCAAGUUUCUCAGUCUGCGGAGUCCUCUUUGGGGCCUCCUGAGAGGACGGACGACAAGAACUACAUGCAGGUUGUGGGCGUCAGCUGUGUUUCCGGUGCUCCUCCAAACGACAGUACUCAAGGAAGCAGCAGAGACAAGCAUGAGCUCCCCCCUUGCCUCCAGCAGGAUAGCACUCGCAGUGGGAUCUUAACCUCCGAUAUUAAAACCGAGCUGGACUCCAAGGAGCUGUCAGCCACCGUGGCUGAGUCCAUGGGUCUGUACAUGGACUCUGUCAGAGAGCUCGACUACAGCUACGACCCACAGAACGCACCAGGCAGCCUGAGCCCGGCCAAGAUUUACCAAAACAUGGAGCAGCUGGUGAAAUUCUACAAAGAGAACGGGCACCGCCCUCCCACCCUGGGCGGCGGCGGCAGGGCCCUGAGGUCCUUCAUGCCCGACCCCGGGAGCUGCAACGGUGGUGGCGGCGGCGGCGGGGUCAUGCGAGCCAUGGUGAAGAGCCCCAUCCUGUGUCACGAGAAGAGCCCCUCUGUCUGCAGCCCUCUGAGCCUGGCCACCUCGGCUUGCAGCCCCGCUGGAAUCAGCUCCUCCGUGUCCUCCACCUCGGCCAGCUUUGGCAGUUUCCCAGUGCACAGCCCCAUCACCCAAGGGACCCCUCUGAUGUGCUCCCCCAACGUGGAAGCCCGGGGCUCCCGGUCGCACAGCCCCGCACACGCAAGCAACGUGGGCUCCCCUCUGCCCAGUCCCUUGAGUAGCAUGAAGUCCCCAGUGUCCAGCCCCCCGAGUCACUGCAGUGUGAAAUCUCCGGUCUCCAGUCCCCACCACGCCACGCUGCGCUCCUCCGUGUCCAGCCCCGCCAACCUCCACAACUCAAGGUGCUCCGUGUCCAGCCCUUCCAACACCAACAACAGAUCCACGCUGUCCAGCCCCACGGCCAGCACCGUGGGCUCCAUCUGCAGCCCCCUGAGCAACGCCUUCAGCUACACUGCUUCCGGCACCUGCGCCGGGGCCAGUGCCAGCCGCGAUGUGGUUUCCAGUCCGGACACACACGAGAAAGGUGCUCACGAGGUCCCCUUUCCCAAGACCGAGGAAGUGGAGAACGCCAUCUCAAACGGUGUGACUGGCCAGCUCAACCUCGUCCAGUACAUCAAACCAGAACCAGAUGGGGCUUUCAGGAGCUCCUGUCUAGGAGGAACUAACAAAAUAACUUCGGAGUCGCCAUUCUCAGUACCAAUCAAGCAAGAAUCCACCAAGCAUUCAUGUUCGGGUGACUCUUUCAAAGGGAAUCCAACGGUCAACCCAUUUCCGUUUAUGGAUGGCUCCUAUUUUUCCUUCAUGGAUGAUAAAGACUAUUAUUCUCUGUCAGGAAUUUUAGGACCGCCUGUGCCGGGCUUUGAUGCUAGUUGUGAGGGUGGCGGAUUCCCAGUGGGGAUAAAGCAAGAGCCUGAUGAUGGGAGCUAUUAUCCCGAAGCCAGCAUCCCUCCCACCUCGGCCAUUGUUGGUGUGAAUUCAGGUGGACAGUCCUUUCACUACAGGAUUGGUGCUCAAGGUACAAUAUCUUUAUCACGCUCGCCUAGAGACCAAUCUUUCCAACACCUGAGUUCCUUUCCUCCUGUCAAUACUUUAGUGGAAUCGUGGAAAUCACACAGCGAUCUGUCGUCUAGAAGAAGUGAUGGAUAUCCAGUUCUAGAAUACAUUCCAGAAAAUGUAUCAAGCUCUACUCUACGAAGCGUCUCCACCGGAUCCUCGAGACCUUCCAAAAUCUGCCUGGUGUGUGGGGACGAGGCGUCGGGGUGCCACUACGGGGUGGUGACGUGCGGCAGCUGCAAGGUCUUCUUCAAGAGGGCCGUGGAAGGGCAACACAACUAUUUAUGUGCCGGGAGAAACGACUGCAUCAUUGAUAAGAUUCGGAGAAAGAACUGCCCUGCCUGCAGACUUCAGAAAUGCCUUCAAGCUGGUAUGAACUUAGGAGCCCGCAAGUCCAAGAAGUUGGGGAAGUUAAAAGGGAUUCAGGAGGAGCAGUCCCAGCAGCCGCCACCGCCACCGCAGAGCCCCGAGGAGGGGACCACGUACAUCGCCCCGGCCAAGGAACCCUCUGUGAACACGGCGCUGGUACCCCAGCUCUCCUCCAUCUCCCGGGCGCUCACCCCGUCCCCAGUCAUGAUCCUGGAGAGCAUCGAGCCAGAAAUCGUGUACGCAGGCUACGACGGCUCCAAGCCCGACACCGCCGAGAACUUGCUUUCCACGCUCAACCGCCUGGCCGGCAAACAGAUGAUUCAGGUGGUGAAAUGGGCGAAGGUACUUCCAGGAUUUAAAAACUUGCCUCUUGAGGACCAAAUCACCCUAAUCCAGUAUUCUUGGAUGUGUCUGUCAUCAUUUGCUUUGAGCUGGAGAUCCUACAAACAUACCAACAGCCAAUAUCUUUAUUUUGCACCAGACCUCGUCUUUAAUGAGGAGAAGAUGCACCAGUCUGCCAUGUACGAGCUGUGCCAGGGGAUGCACCAGAUCAGCCUUCAGUUCGUGCGGCUGCAGCUCACCUUCGAGGAGUACACCGUCAUGAAGGUCCUGCUGCUACUGAGCACAGUUCCUAAAGAUGGCCUCAAAAGCCAAGCUGCAUUUGAAGAAAUGAGGACGAAUUACAUCAAAGAACUGAGGAAGAUGGUGACCAAGUGCCCCAACAACUCUGGGCAGAGCUGGCAAAGGUUCUACCAACUGACCAAGCUUCUGGACUCCAUGCAUGACCUGGUGAGCGACCUGCUGGAGUUCUGCUUCUACACCUUCCGAGAGUCGCAGGCGCUGAGGGUGGAGUUCCCCGCCAUGCUGGUGGAGAUCAUCAGCGACCAGCUGCCCAAGGUGGAGUCCGGGAACGCCAGGGCGCUCUACUUCCACCGGAAGUGAUGAAGACGUCUUACCAGAAGAGCUUUGCCUUAAGUCUCCCCGUGUUGUUCCACACCCAUGAAGGACCCGAGAAAUCUUUUGUGUGUGUGUCUGUGUGUGCCGGUACUGGGACUUGAACUCAGGGCCUGUGUGCUCUCCCUGAGCUCAUCUGCUCAAGUCUAGCACUCUACCACUUGAGCCACAGCUCCACUUCCGGCAUUUGGGUGGUUCACGGAAGAUAAACAGAGUCUCAAAGACUUUUCCUACCCAGGCUGGCUUUGAACCGCAAUCCUCAGAUCUCAGCCUCCUGAGUAGCUAGGAUUAUAGAUGUGACCCACCGGCACCUGGCCAAGAAAUCAUGUUUUGUUGUUGUUUUUUUUAACAUGAUGAUGGAUUCAGCCUUGUUAUCAGAUUCUCAAGUUUCAAGUCACGUCAAGGGGUUGUGUGGUGGAUGGGGCAAGAGCUGAGAGGUCUCAAGAGUUCUUUCCUCUCCACACCCCCCCCCCAGAUGCUUAGAAACACGUUCUUGUUCCUCUGGAUGAAAAGCCAUAUCUAGUCAAUAACUCUCUGAUUUUGAUAUUUUAACAGAUGGGAAGUUUUAACUAUGCCAUGUAGUUUCUGAUAUCGUUCCGCUUGUUUUAAAAGGGUUCAAGGACUAAUGGACUUUUUCAAAGCUUACCCUUGGUUUGCACAUUAAAAAAAAAAAACAAAACAUGUAGUCAAUAAGGGGCAUUACUAUGCUUUUGUUAUUUAAAAAAAACACACACACAAAAAGGAAAAAAAAAUAUCUACAGAUUCCUGAUGCGUGACAACAGAACGCGUGGGCGGCGUGGGCGUGCCCCGGGCUCUUCCGCCCUGUGCGCUCCGGUGCGCGUCCACUUAUUAUUUAAUUAGAACGGAUAAGAUGUUAAUGACAAAUGCCUUGGUCUCAGUUUCUAGUAUCGAUUGUGUUGGCUUUACGAAUAGGUUUUUUUUUUUUUUUCCGCCGUCUUUUGCUGUGCUGUACAUUACUGUAUGUAUAAAAUCGUGAAAAGACCUGAAAUUAGGUGUAAGGAACUUUUGUAAAUGAGACACAUACAAAAAACAAAAACAAA